AUGCAAAACGAGCUCGAAAUGCUGAGAAUGCUGACCCGAUCCUAUCUCAACUAUGGAUUGGCCUUUAUGAUAAUGAAGGUAAGACAUCGCCCGACCCCAGUAUGUGGAGGGACCAACUGGAUUGGCAAUAUCGUAACUGGGCGACAGAUCAACCUGACAAUACGUCGAAUGAUGAGCAAUGCACCGAGUACUGAGGAGUGGACAACGGACCAGAAUCAAACUGGAGAAACCGACGAGACAGAGCCAACCAUUGACGACUUCGAGCUCCAAAACCAGUUCGACGACAUCAGGACCGAGUACAACCUCCAAGUCCACGAUAUCGCACACUCGCUCGACAGUCUACGACAUCACACACUGGCUCGACGGGCACUGAAGAGUCACAACGCCACGACGACGAACAACGUCUGGGUCAAGCACAACCUCCAGGUCUACAACGUCGGGAGCGACUACAACAUCCAGGUCCACGACAUCACACACUGGCUCCACAGGCACGGAAGACACAACGUCACGACGACGAACAACGUCUGGUUCAAGCACAACCUCCAGGUCUACAACGUCGGGAGCGACUACAACAUCCAGGUCCACGACAUCACACACUGGCUCCACAGGCACGGAAGACACAACGUCACGACGACGAACAACAUCUGGUUCAAGCACAACCUCCAGGUCUACAACGUCGGGACCGACUACAACAUCCAGGUCCACGAAAUCACACACUGGCUCCACAGGCACGGAAGAUUAUACGACAGGAGAGACCGACGAAACGGAGUCGACCCAGCCAACGUCAAGACGACAAACAACGUCUGGUUCAAGCACAACCUCCAGGUCUACAAUGUCGGGACCGACUACAACAUCCAGAUCCACGACAUCACACACUGGCUCCACAGGCACGGAAGAUUAUACGACAGGAGAGACCGACGAAACGGAGUCGUCCGAGCCGGA